AAAGCUAACUUCGUGGGCACUUCCUGUUUCCGGUAAAAACACUCCCGGUGUGACGUUGUGCAGCAGCUUAAUAGUAAACAACCUGACCGCGUACGCAUCAUCAAGUUAAGAAUUCAAACACUUCAAUUCUACGGUCACAGUAAACAUCAGUACCAAAGAACUCUCCUUUGUGAACAAACUGGCAUAAUUAUGGCAGAGGGCUUUUUAAUGGAGGUGUGUGUGGACUCCGUGGAGUCUGCCGUCAAUGCGGAACGAGGAGGUGCUGGCCGACUUGAGCUAUGUUGUAGUCUUAUGGAAGGAGGGCUCACUCCCAGUCUUGGCCUACUCCAGAUUGUAAAAACAUUGGUCAAAAUCCCAGUCUAUGUGAUGAUUCGUCCCCGUGGAGGCGAUUUCCUUUACUCGGACUGGGAAGUGGAGAUGAUGAUGAAAGACGUGGAGGUGAUGAAGAAUCACGGGGCUGACGGAUUUGUGUUGGGAGCCUUGACGGAAGAUGGGCAGGUGGAUACACAGCUCUGUAUGGACUUUCUGGCUGCUGCUCGUCCUUUACCUGUCACUUUCCACCGAGCUUUUGACAUGGUCUGUGAUGAAACGGUUGCCCUGGAAACGCUGGUGUCGCUAGGUUUCCAGCGUGUGCUGACCAGUGGCUGUGAAAACUCUGCAUUGGAGGGUCUCCCUCUCAUUAAGCGCCUCGUAGAACAAGCUAAAGGCAGAAUUACCAUCAUGCCAGGCGGUGGCAUCACGGAGCGAAAUCUCCAAAGAAUUUUAGAGGGAUCGGGCGCUCAGGAGUUCCACUGCUCUGCCCGCUCCAGCAGAGAUUCUGCCAUGAAAUUCAGGAACAGCAGCGUGACAAUGGGUGCUUCUCUCACGGUACCCGAGUACAGCCUGAAGGUGGCAGAUGUGAGCAAAGUACGCACAUUUAAUGCAAUAGCCCAAAAUAUCCUAUGAAUCAAAACUGGACAGUCAUGACUGAAAACUAAAUCAAUACCUUAUUUAUUCAGCUUUUCCUGUCCAAUGUAAAUUCAUAUUCUCUAAAUAUAUUAAGAAUUGAAAAUCUAAUCAUAGUGUAUUUUCAUUUGUUGAAUGUCACUUUUUGCUGAAAGUGUAACAAAGUGCCAGACAACUGUAAGACAAGUUUGAAGUGGGAAAAUAAUGUAUUUUUAUGAUUACAUAUUUUGUCAAAAUACAGAAACGGAUCUUCCAAUUGUAUUUCUCAUGACUAAAGUCACGGGACUGUAUAGUUUUUUUCAGACUUCAAUUAAAGUUGCCAAUGCUCUGUA